UAUUACACUGCUGCACGCCGGCAAACCUGAAAACAGAGCUCACACAUGCCGUGACAGCAGCAAUAUGUCCUGACAUUAGACCGUGGCUAAUGAGACAGUGAGUUAAGGUUUACUAAUUAAAAUGUCGGAGGCUUCACACAGAGCAGAGAAACCUCCACCUCCGAACUGGAUCCUUCAGCAUCCGGCGUAUCUGCAAAUGAAGAGUCUAGAGGUUGAAGACAGUGAACAGCUACACGCAGCUUUCCUCGUGUACAUGGAUCUCACUGAGGUGCGUCAGUGGAAGGAGGUGUCUUGUGUCAAGAGCCCUGAGCUGCAGAUGGUUUUGCUUGAAGCGAGGGAGAAGGAAGAAGCCCCUGUCCAGACGAUUCUUCCACUUCCUGUUCACCGAUCUCUGAGCCACAAAAGCAUACGUCACGUGCUGGACAGAGGCUUUCCUAUGUUGCUGUGUGCCGUAGCUGCUGACUCCACCCUGGUCUACCAGAGGAUGACUGACGGGUUGGUGACGCCAGACCCUCCUGUUGGACCCUUCCAGGAUUUAGGACGCCGGCAGCACCGGAAGAGACGGCAGAAGCACUGACUAGCUGGGGAGAGGACACCUUGGUGUUGUCGGUGAAACACAGUCGGUCAGUUGGUCCAUCUGUUUGUGUAAGCUGCUCCUAAAAGAGAGCAUGGCAGCCGGUGCAAAUGGUGCUCUCAGUGAGAAACAGAAACUUGCUUUUGGUUUCGGACUCCUUAAAGAGAGAUUCGUGGACAGUGUGCUCACACAGCUGUACACCUCACGGUUUGUGGUCGCAUGCCUUCCUCAAAGUCUUUGAGCAGGACCUGAUGAGUUGGAUCCCAGGGAAUCCACAUGAUAUUCUGGAUAAGUAACUAUUAGAGCCUGACCGAUACUUGAUUUUUUAAGUUUAUACAGAUACUGGGAUUUGAAAAUUUAAAAAAAAAAAAAGGCUCACAGCGGGUGUUCGAGCACGGCCUCCUGUACUGCUGUGUCAGCUCCUGGUACUUGUUGUUUUGAAUCAACAUUGUUUUCACUAUUGUUUAAACUAUGUUCAUAAAAAUUCCAAAACAUGUCUAAUGUGACAUGAAAUGUUUUAUAUCUUACUAAAUUAAAAUCUAGUGCUUGCUGCCUUGUGCUAUCAUGUGACACACACCAGACUGGCAUCAUCGCCAAGGCCACACAUCUUUUCGGGUCUCUGAUCCACUUGGACGAGGAAGACUUGACGGGACAUGACUGUGAUCAACCUUAAUUUAUUAAGGUAUCUUGAACGUUCAGGUUAAGGCAAGGUCGCAAAACAUGUAUUAGACAUGUCUAUAGAAGAAAUGUUUAUUUAACAAGAAAUAAAUGUAUAGAAACUUGUGAAAAUUAUAAUCCAAACAUGUCAAAUUGCAUCGACAUCUGCAGGAUCUUUGGUUUUCUGUUCCCAAAAAGGGGCAUGGCCUUGACGUUUUGCGAAGUGCCUGUAUGUGACAGUCUGCUCUGUUGUCGUACGCAGCUGUUUACCUGCAGGAAUGUCUAAUGAGCAAGUAAAGUUAGCUAACGCUAGCAGUUUGCUCAUUCACGAAUGCCUGUGAAGUGCGUGUUUAAUAACAUAUGGCUGUAUUACUAUAUAGGCAAAUCCAUUUAAAGUAAAGUCAUGGAAAUGGGGUAAAAUUUUAUGAAAAGUGAUGGAAUUUUUUUUGAAAAUUCAUUGGUAAAAAGAUGUGGUAACCCUGUAUAUGGUUGAGCAUAUUUAAU